GGUAGUCCGGCUGGGCAGGACUCGCCCGCAGAUGUCAGAGUGGGGCACACUGAAUAGACAGUGAACCCCGCCAUCUGAUACUGAAGUUUCCACACCAGAUUCCAACGUCCCACUGCCUUCAACUACUUCCAAAUAGUUACUUAUAUGAUUAAUAUCAAUUGGUAAACGCCGAAUUUUGCCAACAUGUUCAAGAAAGAAAUCCCUCCUGGGACCAAAUCGAAGGUCAAGUCCUCCGUGCAACGCGGCAUCCGAAGCAAAGCGAUCGAGACGUAUCCACUGCUAGAACCUUACAUGGACGAAAUCAUGCCGAAGAAGGAGCAGCUAGACAUGAUCAAACUCCCCGACCGAGUCACUCUAUACGCCCUCUCCGCAUCGCCCGUCGUCCCGCUGUUCUGGCAACACAUGGACGACCCCCUCAUUCCGCACCUCCGUCUCGUGCACCGCUUCCCUGAUUGCUUCCACCGAAUACGCAUCGACCGCGGAGCGAUCCGCUUCGUCCUGUCCGGCGCCGCGCUGAUGACCCCCGGCGCGACCUCCCCGGGCGGCCGGCUACCGGAGGCGGACGGCAACGGCGAGGAAGACUACCGAUAUGGAACCGAGGAGCUGGCGCCGGGGACGGUGGUGGUGGUUGAGGCGGAAGGGAAGGAGAAUGCAUGUAUGGUGGGGCAGUUGAAGGUGGGGACGAAGGAGAUGAAGGCGACGAAGAAGGGCGCGGCGGUGGAGGCAGGGCAUUAUUUGGGGGAUGGGCUGUGGAAUUUGCAUUUGGAUUGAAGGGGGCGCGAUGUGAGGGACAUGGAGGUUUCGUAAAGUGGAGGGCGCGGGAUUCCACGCGUGCAUAUCACGGACAGGUUCUGUUGCGCGACACGGGUUGCGGCGGUCAUGCAUGGGUUCUCGUCGGAGUUCAUCACACGGACAAUCAUGAUUGGCCAUA